AUGCAACAAGAGCAAAUGCAAAAGCAAGAGGGUACAGAGGAGAGAAAAGCUCCAUCUUUGGAGGAAAUUGCACAGCAGAGGGCAACUGCACAACAGAAUUCAAUGGAUGCGUUGACAGCUGCUGAAGAGCGCUACGAAAAGGCUAAGGAAUUGGGGGCUUCUGCUUUGCAUGAUGCGAAAGAAUCGGCGAGUCAUGGGCUUGACGCUGCUGGUUAUUAUGGGGCACAAGCCAAAGACACUCAAGAAGGUGCACAAGCCAAAGACACUAUUGUGCACAAUGUUCAAAUUGGAUCCGAGUACGUCGCAGACAAGGCUGGAGUUGCAAAGGGCACUGCGCUUGAGAAAGGCCAACAAUCUUAUGCUGCAACUAAAGAUACCCUAGCAAGUGCAGGACAAACUGCAGUGGAAUCAGCACAGAAGGAAAAAGAUUACACCCUGCAAAAAGCAGGGGAAACAAAAGAUUAUGCUGCCGGAAAAAUCAGUACUGCAGCUCAGUCAACAACUCAUUACGCUGGCGAAAAAACUACACAAGCCAAACAGAGUCCAGCAGAACUAAGCAAGACGGCUGCAGAGAAGACCAAGAAUGCAGCAAGUUAUGUUGGGCAGAAAGGUGUCGAAGCUAAAGACGCUGCAGUGGAAAUAGGAAAAAGCGCGGUAGGAAAUGCAGGGGAAGUAGCUGAAACCGCAAAGGAUAAAGUAGAAAUUGCUGGUUUAGGAGCUGCACAUUAUACUGCUAAAACAGCAGCAGAGGCGACCAAAGCCACGGCUGAUGUUGUUUCUAGGGCUGCAGGGUAUGCAGGAGAGAGGGCGGUCGCGGCGAAGGAUAUGGUAGCUGAUGCGGGAAAGAGCGCCGUGGAAUAUGCAGGGCAUAAGUUGGCUGCUGCCAAAGAUUAUGUAGUUUCAGCUGAAGAAAGUGCAGCUGAUUAUACGGCUAGAAAAAGAGCAGAAGCUGAGAGACAAUUAGAAGCUAAAUUACGCACUAUACGGGUUCUCGAUCCUAACAUAGGUAUGUACGAAAAGUGGAACAAAUGGGUAACUUUCUCCUUCUUGAAGACAGAGGUUUCAAAAUCAAGAGAAACGGGUGCCUUGAUUGUAGCAAGAGCAGAGACCAUGCAAGCAUUAAGAGUUGCGCGGGAGCCAGAGCCACUACAGGAGAGAGAUUUGGCUCUGAGAGGCUUAAGAAACGGGGAUGUAGAAGAAGAAGAAAUGGAGAAACAAGUAGCCACCUUUGUCGCCAUUAUGAAAGCUCUGAGAGCUUCCGGAAACAGAGAGGGAGGGAGGGAGGGAUGUAGAUGUUUUUACGUGUUAGUUUUUUCUGGAGAAAGCGAAGGCGGAGGCAUUAGUGUGGAAAAGCAAGAAUUAGAGGAGGGAGGGGAGAGCAAGCAAGUGCAGCAGCAGGGAGGAGGGGUGCUAUAUGAUAUUGGUGAAACAAUAGUUGAAAUAGGGAGGACUGCCAAAGAUUUUGUUGCUGGCAGAGGCCAGUUUGAGGGGAGUGAACAAGUGGAAGUAGAGAAGAGAAGUGCAUGUGCAUCUGUGGAUGACUACAGCUUGUGA